GUCAGUCAAUUACAAAAUUUUCGGUCAAGCCAAUUUCUUUAUAUUCUAAAUUUCUGCAUCUGAGGAAACACCAAAGCUUUUUUACUCUGAAGAAAGAGAGAGGAAAAACAAAACCAAAAUGGAGAAUAUGUUAGGCCUUCUAAGACUUCAUGUGAUUAAAGGUUUUAAUCUCGCCAUUAGAGAUUCCAAAAGUAGCGAUCCUUACGUCAUUGUUCGUAUGGGUCAACAGAAAGUACGAACUCGUGUGGUGAAAAAGAAUUUGAAUCCAGAAUGGAACGAAGAUUUGACACUCUCUAUUUCUGAUCCAGUUCUUCCUAUCAAAAUCAUGGUUUACGAUAGGGACUGGUUCUCAAGAGAUGAUAAGAUGGGAGAUGCGUUUUUUCACAUUGAUCCAUUCCUUGAAGCCAUCAGGAUCCAAAACCAGUUCAGAGGACUCCCCGAAGGAACUGUAAUAAUGAAGAUACAGGCGAGCAGGCAGAACUGUCUAUCAGAAGAGAGCAAGAUUGUGUGGAACAAAGGAAAGAUUGUCCAGAAUAUAUUUCUUAAGCUCCAGAACGUUGAGUGUGGAGAGGUCGAGCUUCAGCUUGAGUGGAUCGAUGUCUCAGGUCUUCUGAGUAUAAAUGAGCUUGAGGAUGUUGCUUACUAGAUCUAUUAUCUUAUUACAUCAAGUUUGUUAAAAAAUAUACUCCCUCGUUUCCAAUACAUGACGUUUUAGAGAAAACUAUGUUCUAAAUUAGCUGACAUUUUCAAUUUUCAACUUAAAAUUUAUUAACUUUUUAUGUUAUGUUUACCAAAAUAUG